UCAGUCAAGCUCCAGCGCUCCAGCCGGCAGCAGCAUCGAGCUAACAAGUCUUUGUGAGGAGGGAGAGAGAGAGAGAGAAAGAGAGAGAGGGAGGGAGGGAGAGGGAGGAAGGAAAAGGGGGGUGCAGAGCAGGAGAGAAUCAGACAGGGAGAGAGUUGACAGUAUGAGCAGAGGAUGAGGGUGCAGAGGGAGAACGCAUAAGAUAGUGACAGAGGCAGAGGUGUUCAGUGCUGCACAAUAGUGCCAGAGGCUGCCGGAUAGAGAGAGAGAGAGAGUGUGUGUGUGUGUGUGUGUGUGAGAGAGAGAGAAAGCAGGCAUCAUGGCAGCUCUCACUGCAUCAUCACGACACAUGGGGAUGUUUGGCUGCUGCUGGUGAACACUGUGUGAUGCAGAGGAGAGAGUCGAGGACUUCCUGGAAACCAAAGGCGAGCCAAGGAAACAGGUGCGACCAGUGGGAGGAGCCACAUGAUGAGUGGGAUCCUGAAGAGGAAGCUUGAGGACGGUCCGUCCCCUUACCUGUCCCUGCAGGGGUCUGACGAUGACGAGGUUUCCUGCAGCGACAGCGGCAACAGCAGCGAUAGUCUCAACCAUCCCGUUCCCUCUGGACUGCUGGACUCCACGCUCCAGCAGCAGUCCAAGCGACUGCGGGGCCGCAACGUUCACUUUGAGAGCGUGACAGUCUACUACUUCAACCGGCGACAGGGCUUCACCAGUGUCCCCACGCAGGGUGGUAGCACCCUGGGGAUGUCACCACGUCACAGUGGGGUGAAGCGUUUCACCCUCAGGGAGUUCGCUAUGGAGCAGAAACAGAGCCACUGGAACAUGCUGAGGGAUCAUCUCAAAGAGGAGAAACUCAACGCCAUCAAACUCAAACUGACUAAGAAUGGCACGGUGUCAUCCAUGGAGGCGGAUACUCUGACACUCGACGACAUCUCUGAAGACGACCUGGACGUGGACAACACAGAGGUGGACGACUACUUCUUCCUCCAGCCUCUGACUACCAGGAGACGCCGGGCACUCCUCCGUUCCUCGGGGGUCCGACGCAUUGACGUGGAGGAAAAGCAUGAGCUGCGUGCCCUCCGCAUGUCCAGAGAGGAGUGUGGGUGCCGAUGCCGGGGGAUAUGCGACCCGGAGACCUGUGCUUGCAGCCUGGCCGGCAUUAAGUGCCAGGUAAAUGGAACUGUGGUGGACCGCAUGUCCUUCCCUUGUGGCUGCACCAAAGAAGGCUGCAGUAACACCACGGGUCGCCUGGAGUUCAACCCAGUCCGGGUGCGCACCCACUUCCUGCACACCAUCAUGAAGCUGGAGCUGGAGAAGAGCCGCGAGGAGCAGCAGCAGCAGCAGCAGCAUCAUCAGCAGCAGCCGGAGCAGCAGCUUGUAACCAAUGGCAACGGUUACCAUGGCGACUCCUCCCUGGUCCAGCAGCAGCAGCAGCAGCAGCCGAACCUGCAGUUUCCAUUGAUGAGUGGCGCACCGCACAUUCCCAUCAUGCACCUCCAGAACACAGGCGACACGGAUUCGCAUCUGGAUGAAGAGGAGGACGAGGAAGAGGAAGAAGAGGAGGAGGAGGAAGACGAAGAUGAAGAGGAUGAGGAUGAUGAAGCUUAUGAGGAAGACGAGGAUGGCAGCAGUGUUUGCAGCGGCCUGUCGGACUGCAGCACGCACAGCUUGGAAACAAUCGACCCCGAGGACAGGGAAGAGGACGAGGAGGACGAGGAAGACGAUGAAGAGGACGACGAUGAAGAGGAAGAGGAAGAGGAGGAAGACUGGGAUCGCUCGUUGCACGGAACGGGUCCUCCACCCUACUCAGUUCCACUUCCUUCAGUGCUGAGUUACUCUAACAACGCUCUCAUGAGCCUCAGUAACCCGUUCCACAACACCCCCUCCAUGCAGCAUUAUCAAAUAGACAGCUCUGUGAACGACACUCCCGCUUUCCUCAGUGAAAAUGUCAGCGUCACCCCCACACUCCCCACAGUAGAGACCGCAUUAGAGUCCGAAAUAAACAAAGAACUCCACUGCCAGACAGAGCAGCAGAACAUUCCCUGCCAUUUCCCCGACCCCAAAGAGUCCCUGACUCUCCAAACUUGCUCACAUGUACACACCCGUGAGAGUAACACUGCCCCCGCUGGCGCGGCCGACGAACAGCAGCUGUCGACAGACCUCCAGAACAAUCCAGACCAUCAUGACUCACAGACUGAGGCUCCGGCGGGGUCUGUGCAGCAGACACAGGAGGAAAUGAGAGAGGCGAUAGAGAAAGAACCAGGACUGCAAACGCAGGGAGAUGCUGCUGAUCAGAAAACAAACGCGUCAUGCUCAGACAGUACCUGAUGAUUCAAACCCUUCAGAGAGCCAUUGGUUAAUAUUUGGAAAUCUUUAUUCAAGAAUUGUGACCUUCAGCGGACAGAGUUUGAUUUAUUCUUGAUAAGUGCACUUCCAAAGAGAGAAUGAGUCACAGAUUUUGACACAGGAGGCUCAAAGAUGUGUUCAGAUUUUAGCUCAAUUUGUCUCUAAACCUUUCUAGGAUUCAUGGUUUAGAUAAAAGACUAUAAAACUACAAAGAUGAAGCUCAAAUAAAACUGUGUUUCUGUACGUUACUUGUAUAAUUUAUGCCCUGUUAUAAAGUCUUUGAUCAUUACAGCAUGUUUAGUUGUUGUGACCGGCAUCUAUGACGAAUCCAGAUUUCGAGGUGCUUGUAUUGUUUCUCUAUUUUCCAUUGUGCUGGUGUCUCAUCGUUGCUGCUAAUCGUUCUUAAAUGCCUGUCUGUGUAGCAUGUGUUCAGUUUAGAUGUUUCAAGGCUCAGCACAAACUGUAAAAUGUUAAAAACACAUAAAUUCGUUCAUACUAAAGGUCUUUUUUUUUUUUUUUUGUUCCUUUUUGUGCUCAAAUUUUAGCCCUGCAAAUAGUACUAUUGGAUGAUUUGUCAUGUUCCUCACAGGAUGAUUUUUAAUUACUUACGUUAAAGCAGCUAUAAUAUAUUUAUAUUUGCAGUGGAUCAUAUGGCUACACAUGCGAUAGGAGUCAUUAGUCGUGAUGGUCACCUGACUCAGCUCAAAAUUUUUUGAGUUUUAGCUUCUUUCAGCUUAUUGUUUUGGUUGUAUGACCCUUAACGUUACUAUUUUGGUCUUCAGCUACAAAAAGCGGAGAUAAACUCGUCCUUUAUUAAAUGACAGACAAACUUAGCCACUGGCUGGUGACGUGGACUAUUUAGCAGUUAAAGAGCCAUAUAGUUCCCUCAGAGUUUUAGCUUCUUUCAGCUCAUUGUUUCGGUUGUAUUACAAUAACUUUUUUUCCGCUAGGAAAAAAACUCUAAUAAAUCCAUCCUUUACAAAAUGACGGACAAAGUUAGUAACUAGCUGGUGAACAUAGUGGACUAUAGCAGUUAAAGAGCCAUAUAUUUCCCUCAGGAGUGGGUGGAGAACAAAAACGGAGCUAAAACUUGUCAGUAUUGUGUCUACAGCUUCUGUCUGACGCCUCCAAGUAGCUGUUAGUUAAUCAGUGUUAGAGUAGAUCAAGAUAAUAGACAUCGACGCUAGCAUGUUAGCUUUGUCAUUGUUAACAUGUUAGCAUGCUGACAUUAGCCAACGCGUAACAGCCUCGCGGAGCCGCUAGCAUGACUGUAGAUCUGAAGUCCAUGUGUCAAACCUUCUGAUAGUCAACAUACUGUGAUGUGAACGCAUCAAAGCCCUGACUACGAAGUAUUCUGAUACGAUUAAGGCACAAAAAUUCAAAAUCAUAACCUGCCUUUUACUUUGAAAUCCUCAUUUUUUAAAGUUUUAAAAAUGUCUGAUAUUUUCCCAGAUUUGAAUGAUUCAAAUUUCAGUUUAGUUUGCCAGUAAUUUCCACUCAGUAACCAUCACCGUCUCUUCAGUCAACCUUAAACACAUACAUGUGCCAAAGCAUUCAGUGAGAUUAGGGAAACAUUUGUCUAUGCAUGUUCUUUAUCAUUUUACAGUCGUGUGAUAACAUUAGUGAUUAAAGUGCACUUUUGUUUUCCAGUUUUCACAUAAAUUAAGGCUUGUGUCAGAGUUAUUCACUUUGCCUCUCAAUACUGCCAAAACUGGGGGCCAAAUAUAUUUCAUGUUCUUUUGGAAACGAGUGUACAUUUCCACGAUUGUGUGAAUUAAAAAUCUUUUGACAUCCAUCUCGGUUUAAAGGUGGUUAAUUCAUGCUGAAAGAAAGAAAGAGAGAAUAAAAAUGGACU